AUGACCCUUAGGAAAAAGACUCUUUUAAAGGUGAUCAUCCUCGGUGACUCGGGCGUGGGGAAGACCUCCUUGAUGCAGCAAUUCGUCAACAAUAAGUUUCUGCACCAGUACAAAGCAACCAUCGGAGCCGACUUCUUGACCAAGGAAAUCACAGUUGAUAACAAGGUCGUCACAUUACAAAUCUGGGACACGGCAGGACAGGAAAGAUUCCAGAGUUUGGGGGUUGCCUUCUACCGUGGUGCUGAUUGCUGUGUGUUGUGCUACGAUGUGACCAACGAAAAGUCCCUAAACAACUUGACCUCGUGGAAGGACGAAUUCCUUGUCCAAUCCAACGUGGCUAACCCCCAGGAUUUCCCGUUCAUCAUCAUUGGUAACAAGAUCGACAUAGAAGAGUCCAGAAAGAUCCCGUCCUUGAGCAAGAAGCUAAACAAUAUCACCAACCAAGGAUUUGGCGGGUUGAACUAUCCUGUUUUUGAGACCAGUGCAAAGGACUCUAUAAACGUCGAGGCUGCAUUUGAAGUGAUUGCCAAGAUGGCAUUGCAACAAGAAGAAUUGAACGAGGUGAACGGUGGGGAUGUGAGCGAUGACUAUAAUGACGCCAUCAACAUCCAUUUAGAAGGAAAUGGAAGUGGAUGUGCUUGUUAG